GAAACGAGUCUCAAGUCACUGAGGGCCCUCAGGGCACAGGGGUGUUUCAAAACCGAUAUGUGGUCGUAUUUUAAAACUUGUCAUCGUCACAGCUUUUACAAAACGGACAAAAAAGUAUAAAAGGAGGGUGAAAUCUGUUUCCUACGUCAAUCAAUCAAAAAUACAACACUGCAAAGUAUAAAUUGAUCAACAAAUCUCCAAUAUGUCUUCCAACGCCGCCAACUCAAACACUGUGACCGACAUUAAGGAGGCAGCCACCAGCGCCAUGAACACCGUGAGUGAUACUGUCAGCCAAGCCGUGUACGGCGAGAAGUCCACCAGCCAGAAAGCUGCGGACACGGUCGAUCGAGCUGGCGACAGUGCUGGGUACAAAGCAGAAAAAGCGAGCAACACGGCUAACAGCGCGAAGAACGACCUGAAGGAUGCCGCUCAAGAUGCAAAGGAAUCCGUGCAGGACAACAGCAACACCACCAAGGAUACCACCACCGCCUAAAUGGUGAAACCCCGUACCCUAGCUGUGAAGCGCAGCGGAUAUGCUAACAUCAAUUGUGAAGCUCGAACGUGAGUGUGAUAUCUUAUUGACGUAUACAAAAACAUUAUGAAUAAAGAAUUUAGUAUGAAACUUGAAACUCGCCUCAUGAGAAGCAGAGCGCAUAUAUGUUUUCAGGGUUCUGUUCAGGCAUUUUACUGCGAUGUUGUUCUAAAUUAAGCGCCAAGAGUUGAUAUCUAUUGCAUACUAAACAUAACGCUAUUUAAACCCAUCAGCAUCGGAAACUACCGCAUUGUUGCAGCAACGCAUAUAACUUCCAGGAAGUCGGUCAUUUGCAAGGUCCGAGCCUGAUAUGAUUUGCGGAAAAAUCUGAGAAAUAUCUCGAAGAAAACAAAGUUCUUUGUGGCAAUAUGUUUCUUUCGCUCUUGUGUCGAUCAAUCCACGAGCUGGCGCAUGUGCUCUGAUUGACUCUCAUCGUCGGCAGAUUCUUUCGCCCGGGUUCUAUGAUGUUCUUUGUUUCACCGAUAUAAUCAAUUUGCAAUCAUCGUUGGUCUGGGUGGUUGUCGGAAGCAGCCAUAUUUAUCCACUAAAGUCUGAUAGCCUAUUUUACGUCACAGCUACACGAGCUGCCUGAAUGCUCUGCUAAUUCUACUGUAUUAUUAGCCGAUCACCACUACUUUUCACAAGUAGGUAUCGAUUCAACUUGAGAGGUUACAACGUGAUUCACAUCCAUUUUGUAAACUAUUGUGCGAUCAUGAUCGGAUCUCCGUGCUACGAUUAGGUCCAUCUCCUAUGCAUCGAUAGUGCCAUUUUCACUUCAAUGGUGGUAUUAUACUCCAUUAACCGCCGGCCUGAAUUGUAGAUUAUACACAUCUAGAUCUUCCUGAGAGAGCGGAGCCGGUGACGAUGUCAUGGGCUCUGGCGAUCCGGAGUCAACGAUCACAGAAGAAGAGGAAUGUAAAGUGGAGAAGGUAUCAGACGUACAGAAUGUGGAUGCACAAGAUCCAUGUCAUCGCACGAUGCAAGAAAUAGAAAUAGGUGCGUGUGUCACGAUAGGAAGGGACAGCGCCUGUGGUGGUCACGUAAGCGGGUACGGACGUGAAACAAGGAUGAUUGUCCCUUCCAUGCGCAGCAUAUGCAACAGCAAUUACUGACCAAUGACGUACCUUUUCCGGAGAACGACUUCGGAAAAGCAAUGACAUCGCGCAGGCUCUCAGCAUGAGUCAGCAAAGCCAUCGCCCUGUCGAAACCUAACAAAUAGCGAGAAGAACGUAAAGCAGAUUAGCAUGCGCGGACGUAUGUAUGCUAUAUAUAUACAUAUAUAUAUACAUACAUGCACUCACGUGUACACACACACACACACACACACACACACAUAUAUAUAUAUAUAUAUUAUGUGUGUGUAUAAAGUAAAUUGCGUCUGCUUAUGCCGAAAUAAUAUUGAGCAGCAUUCUGACUGUUUGUUUUUACAUCAGGAUGGGAAAGUAAUCAAAAACGUGAUCCAUCCGUAAGCCACAUAAACAACCAGCUAUCUAGUAAAUCUAUAGCAAUAAUUUCUACGAGUGUAAUUGUACAAGUAGCUGGUGGCCAUCUUAUAACAACUUGAGGAUUUGCAUGCACGUGAAUAAGUACAAUAACUCAGGGUCCGCACCGCACACCU